GGGCGGGGUCCAGGCCGGGCGGCGGCGCUGAGCUCGUGGGCUUGGCUGGUGCGCGGCGGUGGCGACGACGGCGGCGGCUGCGGAGGCCACUGAGGUGCUGACUGGGUGUCUGCCGGCUGUUUUAGUCUCGGGUAGCUUCGGUACGGCCACUCAUACCUCCCGUAGCCGCGAGCUACCGGGCUCGGCCUGCCUGUGAGCUGACGCGGGUGCCCUCGGGAGCGGCGACCGCGGAUAGGUUAAGAGUGGGGGCAGGGGCAGGCGCGCGAACAGCCCAAAGCCAGAGAGGGAGCUCAAACCCGGCUGUCUUCAACCAUGUCCGACGAGGCGUCGGCCACUACUUCCUAUGAGAAGUUUCUCACCCCUGAGGAACCCUUCCCGCUCCUGGGACCCCCUCGUGGCGUGGGCGCCUGCCCCAGCGAGGAGCCAGGUUGUCUGGACAUCAGCGACUUCGGGUGCCAGCUGUCCUCCUGCCACCGCACCGAUCCGCUCCAUCGCUUCCACACCAACAGGUGGAACCUAACUUCUUGUGGAACAAGCGUUGCCAGCUCAGAAUGCAGUGAGGAGCUGUUUUCAUCUGUUUCUGUCGGAGAUCAAGAUGAUUGCUACUCCCUGUUAGAUGAUCAAGACUUUACCUCUUUUGAUUUAUUUCCUGAAGGGAGUGUCUGCAGUGAUGUCUCUUCUUCUAUUAGCACCUACUGGGAUUGGUCUGAUAGUGAGUUUGAAUGGCAGUUGCCAGGCAGUGACAUCACCAGUGGGAGUGAUGUACUUUCUGACGUCAUACCUAGUAUUCCAAGUUCACCUUGCCUGCUUCCUAAGAAGAAAAACAAGCACAGGAAUUUAGAUGAACUUCCUUGGAGUGCAAUGACAAAUGAUGAGCAGGUGGAAUACAUUGAGUAUUUGAGUCGGAAAGUCAGUACUGAGAUGGGCCUCCGUGAGCAACUUGAUAUUAUUAAAAUCAUUGAUCCUUCUGCUCAAAUCUCACCUACAGACAGUGAGUUUAUUAUUGAACUUAACUGUCUCACAGAUGAAAAACUGAAGCAGGUCAGAAACUAUAUCAAGGAGCAUAGUCCUCGUCAACGGCCUGCAAGAGAGGCCUGGAAGAGAAGCAACUUUAGUUGUGCAAGCACCAGUGGAGUAAGCGGUGCCAGUGCCAGUGCCAGCAGCAGCAGUGCCAGCAUGGUCAGUUCUGCAAGCAGCAGUGGGUCCAGUGUUGGAAACUCUGCUUCAAACUCCAGUGCCAACAUGAGUCGAGCACACAGUGACAGCAACCUGUCUGCAAGUGCAGCAGAGCGGAUUCGGGAUUCAAAAAAGAGAUCCAAGCAGCGGAAGUUACAGCAGAAGGCCUUCCGCAAAAGGCAACUGAAGGAGCAGAGGCAGGCCCGGAAGGAGAGGCUCAGUGGGCUUUUCCUUAAUGAAGAAGUGCUGUCCUUGAAAGUGACAGAGGAAGACCAUGAAGCAGAUGUUGACGUUCUGAUGUAAUAAGAAUGAUUCUAUGAGCAUUCUUUCCAAGCAUUAUUCUAUCUUUAUUAGUUUACAUGCA